AUGGGAUGCACUGUGGAGACUGUUGGGCGCCAAAUGCACAGUGUGCUCAUCGGGCACAGACACCGCCAUUUCGUCACAGGGCUGCAUCUGCGCGCGCACCUGUGGAAAUCUCGUGCUAAAGAGUGUGCAAUAGAAAACGUCCUACAGAAGCCAUCUUUCGGCGAAUGGAAUCACAAUUUGCCGAAUUCAAGAGGCUCUCACGAGAGAGACAGGCCAGCGUCUAGCAAGCUUUUACCAAGUACCACCCAGGUUGCUUAUGCGGCGAGCCUUGAUGCAGCUAGUGAAUAUAGAAGUCCGGAAAUAUGGGUGGGUUACCUCCCUUGGGUGUGCGCAAAACAUCCCACGCGCGAAGGUUGCACAAAGCACGACAGCAUACACAAAGCCCUCCAGGCCGGAAGAGGUGGGGACGAUGUCUUUAAUGAAGCUGGUGGAGGGAAUAGUGGAAAGAUCUUCUACGUGCACAUGCAGAGAAAACUCCGAGAAAAAGUUGAAUCCACGGGUAUGAGUCAUGCGGCCCUGCAACAAAGGCCCUUAAAAUCAAUGAUGGAGUGGGUGCUUAAAGAAGACAAAGGCCAAAAAAACGGUGGCAGCGCACAUCGUGCGUCGUACAUACGGCCUCGUACCGGGCAGGUCGCGACAGAAACAGCUGCUGCUGCCGCAGGUAUCAUAACCCGACGGUCCUACUCUCGCGUCAUCGCUUUCACAGAAUGCUGCCGCCUUAGAACUCCGCCUCCGGUCGCACUAGGGCACAAGCCAUUCUCUGGAGCUCUUGCGCUCCUUCACCCAUCUUCAGCCUCCAAGACCGCUCCGCUUUUCUGCAAGGCAAUGGAACUCUACUCUUGGGGGUCUUUGAAGGCUGCGAGGGGCCCUAGGGGGCCCCUCGCCCGUGCUGCAUCGAACCGACAUUCGAAGGGCGUUCGCAGCAGCAGCGUCCCCCCAGCAGAGGGCACCGCAAGAUCCGAAGGAUCUCCGACUCCUUGCGCCUCAGACCACGGAAUUCCCCCACUCUUCCCCCCAGCGAACCCUUCAAACGAGGGAUACUGUCUGCAGGCAGAAGACACGGCAGUGCGACACCCGGCAGUGCCUGCCUACCCCGCCCACGCAAAGGCCCUCCUGCUGCAACUCAGUGGCUCCCGCACGGCUGCCUCGACAGCGCCACAGGAGGCUGCCGAAGAAAGCAGCCUCGAGGCUCUCAGUGCACCCAGCCACGAACACGCAGCACCUUCUUGGCAGCCGUCUGCGGAAUUCGCGCCCUCCCCAACGCCCCCCCCUUCCCCCUUCUUCACCCUAGGGCACCUCCACGCAUCGCUCGACGCAUCCGCGACGUUGGAGCAGUCAGCGGCCUCUCUGAGUGCUCCGCGAGCCGCUUGUUCCCACCAGCGAGAUUCCCUCCUUCUCCCCCGAGCUGCCUCCGAGCCAGCGGCAGGAGGGGGAAGGCGAAGAAGAAGCGUGUGGGGAAAGGCCCCCUCGAGGGGGGCCCCCUACCAACAUGCCCCGCUCAGCCGUGCCCCCUCCAAGGCUCCUCUUCCGCUGCGGCGAGGUGCCAGAGAGAAGGCCUCCUCCUUCUCCGGAGGUGUCGUAACGGAGACCAGCUGCUGUUUGCCUCCGUCCUCCGUGCCGCGGGGGUUCUCGCGACGUAUUCUGAGUGAGGCGCCUGCUUCUCUGGAGGCAGAGGGGGGGGCCCCUGUUGCUAUGCAUUUGCGGGGGGCAGUUUCUGCUGGCGCUGAGCUCACGCUCACGCGCGUUGCGACGGGGGUUUCGGAUGCUGCUGCGCCUUCGGACGCUUUUGGGCAAGGAUUCUCCCCCCGCAGCGAGAGGGUACUGCCAGCGGGGAGGGGGCCCCUCUCUCCUAGGUGGGGGGAGGGGCCCUUCUCUUCGUCCUUGUCUUUCGCGAUGAGCGCUAGUCCUUCGGCUCCCUCUCUGCACUUCGAGGAAAAUCCAUUGGACGCGGAGACGGAGGGCUUUGCGGCUGCCUCAGCCGAGGCAACGCUCAUCCUCCAACAGAGGCGCCCCUUUUCUGCGUUUGCUCGCGUCAGACAGUCUGCGAAUGCUUCGGCUGCCGAGGGGGGAGACGCUCCGUGGAGUGGCGCAGCGUAUGCUGAGGCCUCUGUUGCAGAGGGCGGGGGCCCCUUCGGGGGGGCCCCCGCGUGUGAAAAACGGGGGCCCCUUGGAAUGGAGGGUUUUGUCCAGGGUGUACAGAGCUGCAUCAGUCGUCUCGUGAAGCGCUUCCCUCCAGGAUGCGAGCUGCAUAAUGGCUAUGGGCCCCUCGUCGUUCCUGCGUACUGGACAGAAGAUGCUGCGUACGAGGACGGCUGGGCUGCAGACGUUUCGGGAGUUGCUGGGCUCUCAGUCGAGAGAAAAGGGGGGGAAAAUGGACUUCCUCCUCCCUCUGUGAGCAAACCUUCGUCUAUUUCGCGCGAAAUACAGACCAGUGGCAGUGGCGUCGUGGGGGGGACCAUGCCGACCUCUUUGUCUGCAACUUCUCAGGAGGCAACGGCGAGCGCAACUUCCACGGCAACAGCGCAUGCGGGGGAAGCAGUGGCAGGUGGUGGCGUCGUGAAAGACGGCUCGGAAGGUGCAGGAGGAGCAGCAGAAGGGGAGGGGGGGGCACUGAAUGCGUGGACAGCAGCAGCAGCAGCGAGUUGUUUCUACGAAAUCGAAGGCCUUGUCGGACGCGGUGCUCAUGGGGCUGUGUUUCGUGCGAAGCGCCUCACAAUCAGAGGGGGGGGUGAGCUGCCCACCCGACUGGCAACAGCAGCAACAGAAGCAGCAACAGAAGCAGCAACGGAAGCAGCAGCAGAAGCAGCAACAGCAGCAGCAGACGCAGCAGAAGCAGCAACAGAAGCAGCAACAGAAGCAGCAGAAGCAGCAUUGUUGGCGGCUGCCUCCGACUUGCCUGGGGAAGUGGAGGUUGAAGAAGAUAUUGUGGCUUUGAAAGUAAUUGAUCUCGACGGCACUCUGCGAACGCAGUGUCGCGACAGUGCCAGUCGACGUCUGUAUUUGAGGCGCGUGAUCAACGAGGAAAAGGUGCUCGGGGAGCUGCAGCAUGAGCAUCUGCUGCACUUUUAUGAGGCUUUUCAAUGGCCACCUUCCUACGUCGUCUUUGUGACGGAGUAUCUCCCAGGAGGUUCCCUCAGAGAUCUCUAUAAAACAGCAGGGCCCCUCCCCGAGCCAAUAAUCGCUGCCGUUCUCAAGGAUGUUUUGUUGGCUCUUGCUUACCUUCACUCCCCUAAAUCCGGUCGGAUCUCUGCACAGGCGAGUGCUGCCGACUCGAUCUGCAUGCAUCGUGAUAUUAAAGCUGCAAACAUCCUUCUCACGGAGUCGGGACGAGCCAAGCUUAUUGACUUGGGAAUUUGUUCGCUGUCUGGUGAGCCCCUGCGGCUAGAGGGGGUCGUGCAUUCUCGAAAAGAUACCGAAUUCGCGGGAACGCCGCAGUGGAUGGCGCCAGAGAUCGCUGAAAUUUUUUGCAGGAGACUGCAGAACGACAGAAGGCAGGGGCUGUCCAAGCGGCGUAAGGGGGGGAAGGGUGUGGCAGCGGGGGAGAUUCGGCGGGGGGUGUCUUCAACGCAGGAAGAAGCGGCUUCUUCGGAAGAAGUUGAGGAUGAGGAAGCCUGUGGAGACGGCUCUCACGCAGAAGAGGAGGAAGAACCUCCUCCAUACGGCCCUUCUGCCGAUAUCUGGUCGUUAGGGAUUACAGCAUACGAAUUGGCGAUGGGGCGACUUCCAUGGCCCCAAAAAACAAAACUCGACGAAAGCAGUUCUCUGUGUACGCAGCUCACCUCCCGCGUUGAUUUCUUCUCUGUUCGUGCUGAAAUUGUCGCUCCUGCUGCUGCCGCAGUUGCUGCACAUGAUUGCAUUUGGUUCGGCUCCGCGGAUCAACCUGAGCGAAGGGCUCGACAAAUCAUUCUGUUACUUUGUAGAAAGAUGCCUGCGCAAGAAUGCGACUGA